CUUACCCACUGAGAAACAAAUGCUACUCUCUUCUAUUGCAAAGAGAGGAUAUGAGAGGCUGUUUCUGCCCACUGGGAAAGAGAGGAAGGUCGAUGAUUUUGCUUUGUUCGAUGUUGUUGCUCUGUUUGGUACUUUGAUGCUACUGCUCUGUUCGAUGAAGGAAAAGCUACUGGUUGCCAAUGGUGGUGCUUUAGAGAAGAUGCACAUCAGUUUUGCUAGUGCUCUGUUCCUACUGCUACUCUGUUCGGUGGAGGAAGGCAAGGAAGAUGAGCUAUGAAAGGGAGGGAAAGGGCUACUGAUGGUGGUGGUUGAGAGUAGAUGCAGAUUCGCUCUGUUGUUGUUGCUCUGUACUUGCUGCUGCUUCGUUCGGUGAACUAGUGUUGCCACUGUUUGGUGGAGGAAGCUAAGCAAGAUGAGCGCGAAGGUUGUCCAAA